AUGCCCACCAAGAACGUCGUCGACGAGCGCAUCUCGAAAUUCAAAAACAAGGGCAAAGAUCCAGCGAAACUGCGAGAGAAACGGAUCUCUGUGUGCGUGGAGCUGCGCAAAGCUAACAAGGAUGAAAGCUUCCUGAAGAGGCGAAACAUAACGCUGUCCUCUCUGCCGGACGAGGAGGCUCUUUCUCCCGAUUCCACCUCCAACGACAAAGUCGCGUAUGUAUCCAUUGAGGAGAUAGUCAAAGACGUGAACAGUGACUGCAGGGAGUCUCAAACCCGAGGCUGCCAGGCAGCCAGAAAGCUGCUUUCUCAGGAGCGUAACCCUCCUCUGAAGGAGAUCAUAGAUGCUGGCCUGCUGUCCCGCUUUGUGUCCUUCCUGUCUAUGGACGAUGAGUCGACGCUGCAGUUUGAGGCCGCUUGGGCUCUGACUAACAUUGCCUCUGGAACAUCUUGGCAUACACAACAGGUGGUGGAACAUGGGGCUGUGCCAGCUUUCAUCUCCCUGCUGGCCUCACCACUGUUGCACAUCAGUGAACAGGCUGUGUGGGCUCUAGGAAACAUUGCAGGUGACGGUGCAUCUUAUCGGGACAUCCUGAUUGAAUGCAGUGUCGUCCCAGCCUUGCUGGCCCGCAUCUGCCCGGACACACCAGUUGGUUACCUGCGUAACCUGACAUGGACAUUAUCCAACUUGUGCCGAAAUAAGAAUCCAUUUCCUCCCUUGUCUGCAGUCCUGCAGUUGCUUCCCUCUCUGAUCCAGCUGCUCUAUCUCAGUGAUAAGGACAUCUUGUCUGAUGCAUGCUGGGCGAUCUCCUACCUGUCAGAUGGCGACAACGAUCGCAUCGAUGUAGUUGUAAGAACUGGUAUUGUCGCUCGGCUGGUGGAGCUCAUGAGCCACGAGGAGCUCAGUGUCAUGACCCCGGCUCUCCGCUCCAUCGGCAACAUUGUGAGCGGCUCUGACCUGCAGACCCAGGCGGUGAUCGAUGCUGGGGUUCUGAGCACCCUACCGCAACUAAUGAGGCACACUAAGGCCAGUGUGCAGAAGGAGGCAGCGUGGGCACUGUCCAACAUCGCUGCAGGUCCCUGUAAGCAAAUCCAACAGCUCAUCACCUGCGGACUGCUCCCCCCUCUGGUUGAACAGCUUAGAAAUGGAGACUUCAAGACACAAAGGGAGGCAGUGUGGGCAGUGACUAACUUCACCAGCGGGGGCACUGUGGAGCAGGUGGUUGCUCUGGUGCAGAGUGGAGCUCUGGAGGCAAUAAUCAACCUGCUGCAGGUCAAGGAUGCUAAAGUCAUUCUGGUCAUACUGGAUGCCAUCAAUAACAUGUUCAUGGCAGCAGAGAAGCUCGGUGAGAUGGGGAAACUGAGCCUGUUGGUUGAAGAGCUGGGAGGACUGGAUCGCAUCGAGUUGCUGCAGAACCAUGACAACGAUAUGGUGUACCAGGCUGCACACAGCCUUAUAGAAAAGUACUUUGGUGAAGAUGAGGUUGAUGGCGUCAAGGUGGACACAACCAGUGAUGCAUUUGUAUUUGAGUGCCCUGAUAUUCAAAAGACCUUUGAAUUUUAA